CGGCAGCCAACCAACAACCACAACAACAACACCAACAACAACACAACAGCGACCACAACAGCACCAACACCAACAUCAACACACAACAGCCAUGGGCAACACGUGUGGCGGUGGUGGGAAACAAGGCAAGGGGGUGAAGAGCAUUGAGUCGUUUCCUGUGGUGUAUGUUGGAACGAUGUCGUUGCCUGCAACCGCUUAUGCGGGUGUGGACGCCUGCUACCAUGUUGUGACGACGUUGAACCAAGAACGAAGCAGGCAGACACAAGGCAACGGCGAUGAGAACGGGCACGGUGGCGACGAUGAUGAUGAUGAUGAUGAAAUGGGGCCCGAAGCAGGUCACAACCAAGCCACAAGCACGGACCCAGAGGAAGAGGACUUUUCUGCUCACUUGGAUGAAGGAUUGAAGGAUGUAAAGGCCGUCCUUACCGUCUCCAUCUACGGCAUCAAGGCGCUGGUAGGGUAG